UUUUUGACGGCAUUCAGCGACCACUGCGAGACAUCCACGACAUGACUCAAAGCAUAUACAUUCCCAAAGGCAUUAACACAACGGCUCUGAAUCGGUCUCUCAAAUGGGAUUUCUUUCCCCAAUACGUACGCGUCGGCAGUCAUAUAACGGGAGGCGAUGUCUACGGCUAUGUCCACGAAAACACACUCAUUAAGCAUAAAAUCAUUUUACCCCCAAAAGCAAAGGGAACCGUCACUUUCAUCGCCGAGCCCGGCAAUUAUGACUUGAAUGAUGUAAUACUGGAGACCGAGUUUGACGGCGAGAAGUCGCAGUACACUAUGCUUCAGGUGUGGCCGGUCAGGCAGAUGAGACCCGUUACCGAGAAAUUGGCAGCAAAUCACCCCUUAUUAACUGGUCAACGAGUGUUGGACGCCCUGUUCCCCUGUGUCCAGGGGGGCACCACUGCUAUUCCCGGCGCCUUCGGGUGCGGCAAGACUGUCAUCUCUCAGGCGUUAUCCAAGUAUUCCAAUAGUGAUGUCAUUAUAUACGUCGGGUGUGGAGAGAGAGGUAACGAAAUGGCGGAAGUGUUGCGAGACUUUCCCGAAUUGACGGUUGAAGUGGACGGACAGACGGAGUCUAUUAUGAAGCGAACGACACUCGUGGCCAACACAUCCAAUAUGCCGGUCGCCGCUCGAGAGGCCUCUAUCUAUACCGGCAUUACUUUAGCCGAAUAUUUCCGA